CGCUGAGGUGUGCGAGAACCCCUAGAUCCUGAAGAAAAAAAACAGCAUUGAAGCUCAUUAAAAUAGUUUUUAAAGACAGCUGUUCCUGUAAGACAGUAAGUGAUUUUAACACACUAAAAUCAUGAUAACAUGCCUAAGAACAUUUAUUUAACCCAGAAUAUUCUUUAAUAUUAUUAUAGUAUAAGUAUGCUAGUAGCAGUAGUAGGAUCGGUAUCGGCAAAAAAUAUAUAAUAAUAAUAAUAAAGAAAUCUACAUUGGUGCAUCCCUAAAUGGACGUCACCUGUUGACUGUUCAGCUUACACAAUUAACAUUAAUAUGUAGCGCAGCUGCCAUGUAUAGACAGAAAGAAGGUGUUGAAAAUAUGCAGAAGAAACAUCUGGUAGGCGGGCAUAGUGUUGGGGUUUGAUCUAGUGUGUAUGUCUAUGGUCUGUCAGUCGCGCUGUGUUUGCAGUGGCCAACCAUCAUUUUAGCAUGAGACGGCUAUCUGCCUCUUGAACGAUGCCACAUACGCCUGAAUCCCGGAAUACCUGCUGUUAUCUACCCUUGAACACUACCAAGAAGAUCAUCUGUCCUGACAGACGCUUAUAUAGACCGAAAGGAAGGAGCUGAGACUGAGGGGGUAGAUGUAUCACCAGGAGCGAGCACAGUAUGAAGAAAGCAGGCAGGCCAGUGGGGAAUAAGGCAGCAAAUGGAGGAGGAAAAGGUGAUGCAGUGACAGCCGGAAGCUCUGCUGGCAAAACCUCUGUUAAGAGCCCUACCACAGCUUCACUCUCCAAGGCCAAAAGCAAUGAUGAUCUUCUAGCUGCUAUGGCUGGGAGCAGUGCAGGGACAAACAGCAGUGUUGUCAAGGGCAAGAAAUCUACCUCUGCUCACUCAACAUCCCCUGCUGCAAACACUAAUAACUCUGAGAGCAAGUCAAAGACCACCUCAGGCCCAUCUGGCAAACGAAUAUCAUCCACAACCUCCAAGGAGUCAAACUCGUCACGAGAGCGUUUACGGAACUCCAGAAACUCCAGCAGUAAGAAGCAGUCAUCCACUGGUGGUUCUGAUAGAGCUCUGACCAGGCAUUCUCGUGGACAGGCUCAAACAUCAGACUCGGAGAGCCGCAUGAGCAAAUCAAAAUCUGAUGGACAGCUAAGUGAUAAAGUGGCCCUGGAGGCCAAAGUGAAAGAUCUAUUAGGUCUGGCCAAGAGCAAAGACAUUGAAAUCCUGCAGCUACGGGGUGAGCUGAGGGACAUGAGAGUUCAGCUGGGACUGCCUGAGGAAGAAGAGGAAGAGGAGAGGCCACCAGAGCGGGAGGUGACGGCAGUGAUCUCUGCUGCUGAUGUGGAGUCAACAUUGCUCCUUCUGCAGGAGCAGAACCAGUCCAUCCGUGGAGAGCUAAACCUGCUUAAGAAUGAAAACCGCAUGCUAAAGGACCGCCUUAAUGCCCUGGGCUUCUCCCUGGAGCAGAGAAUGGACGGGGCUGAGAAAACCUUUGGCUACCCCCCCACCAGUCCCGACCCUUCCUCCUCUGUGAGCGUUGGAGGUCAUGGAGACUGUGCCACUGUGGCCUCCUCUGCAGAGGGAUCAGCACCAGGUUCCAUGGAAGACCUCCUGACAGGUGGCCAGCGAAGUGGCUCAACAGACAACCUGGACAGUGAGUCCAGUGAAGUCUAUCAGGCCGUCACAUCCAGCGAUGAUGCCUUGGAUGCUCCCUCAGGCUGUGGUUCCUUGUCCUCCUCCGAGUCUGAAGGUGGAGCUCCGGCAUGUCGCAGUUCUUCUCGUAAGGGGAGCAGUGGCAAUGCCAGCGAGGUCUCGGUAGCGUGCCUGACAGAGCGCAUACACCAGAUGGAGGAGAAUCAGCACAGCACAUCCGAGGAGCUGCAGGCCACUCUGCAGGAACUGGCAGACCUGCAGCAGAUAACGCAGGAGCUAAAUGGUGAGAAUGAACGGCUAGGAGAAGAGAAGGUGCUGCUUAUGGACUCUCUUUGCCAACAGAGUGACAAACUGGAGCACUGUGGCCGUCAGAUCGAGUACUUCCGGUCACUUCUGGACGAGCGUGGUGUGGGGUAUUCGGUGGAUGAAGACAUCAAGAGCGGCCGAUACUUGGAGCUAGAGCAGCGUUAUGUUGAGCUCGCAGAAAAUGCUCGAUUUGAGCGCGAGCAGCUCUUGGGCGUACAGCAACAUCUGAGCAAUACUCUGAAGAUGGCUGAACAAGACAAUGCGGAAGCUCAGAGUGUGAUCGCAGCUCUAAAGGAGCGCAACCAUCACAUGGAGCGGCUGUUAGAUGUAGAAAGGCAAGAGCGAGCCGGCAUGGCAGCGGCGUUGGAGGAGUGUAAAGCUGCGGUGAGCAACGAUCAAGCUGAGCGCAGCCGCUGUCGUGCCUUACUGGAACAGGAGAGGCAAAAAGUAGCAGAGCUCUACUCCAUUCACAAUGCUGGAGAUAAGAGCGACAUCCACCAGCUCCUUGAAGGUGUUAGGCUAGACAAGGAGGAAGCUGAGGCCAAGGCCGCCAAACUUCAGGAUGAUCUGGGGCACGCUCGCACUGAGGUGGCAUGUCUGCAAGACACCCUCAAUAAGCUGGAUGCAGAGUACAGGGACUUCCAGAGUGAGGUACAGAAGGAGUUAGCUGAGCAGAAGAGGGCUCUAGAGAAGCAGCGUGAGGACAUGCAGGAGAAAGAGACUGAGAUCGGAGACAUGAAGGAGACCAUCUUUGAACUGGAGGACGAAGUGGAGCAGCACAGAGCUGUCAAACUUCACGACAACCUCAUCAUCAGCGACCUAGAGAAUUCCAUGAAAAAGCUUCAGGAUCAGAAGCAUGACAUGGAGCGAGAGAUAAAGAUCCUUCACCGCAGACUCCGGGAAGAGUCCGCAGAGUGGCGUCAGUUUCAGGCGGAUCUGCAGACUGCUGUGGUCAUUGCUAAUGACAUUAAGUCAGAAGCUCAGGAGGAGAUUGGUGAUCUACGGCGCCGCCUCCAAGAAGCCCAGGAGAAGAACGAAAAGCUGGGCAAAGAACUAGAUGAAGUUAAAAAUCGCAAGCAGGAUGAGGAGCGUGGCCGUGUGUAUAACUACAUGAAUGCAGUGGAGAGGGACCUUGCUGCUCUCAGGCAGGGAAUGGGACUGAGUCGACGCCCCUCUACAUCCUCAGAGCCAUCGCCCACUGUCAAAACCCUCAUAAAAAGCUUUGACAGUGCCUCACAGGGUCCUGGAGCUAAUGCUACUGCAGUCGCCACAGCAGCUGCUGCGGUGAGCACAGCUCCAACAGCCACCUUACCCCGGACACCUCUGAGCCCCAGCCCAAUGAAGACUCCACCUGCUGCUGCAGUCUCGCCGAUACAGAGACACUCAAUCACUGGCUCUAUGACCGCCACCAAGCCCCUCUCCUCACUUACAGACAAAAGAACCAGCUACACGGAUAUCAGCAUGCCAGCAGAGCAUCUACUCCGAGCGGCCAAUGGCAGUCGUCCUGCUUCUGCUCUCCAAAGAGUCUCUAACAUGGACACAUCAAAGGCCAUCACAGUCCCGCGGAGAAGCAGUGAGGAGGCGAAGAGGGAUAUCAGUGCUCCUGAUGGAGGUCCAGCUUCCUCUCUGAUAACUAUGGGCUCUUCUGCACCUCCUCUUUCGCUGUCCUCUUCCUCCUCCCCCACGGCCUCCAUCAACCCCACUGCACGCAGCCGCCUACGAGAGGAGCGAAAAGACCCUUUGUCGGCUUUGGCUCGUGAAUAUGGAGGUUCUAAGAGAAAUGCACUGCUGAGGUGGUGUCAGAAGAAAACUGAGGGUUAUCAGAACAUCGACAUAACCAACUUCAGCAGUAGCUGGAAUGAUGGGUUGGCUUUCUGUGCUGUCCUGCACACAUACCUGCCUGCUCAUAUUCCAUAUCAGGAGCUCAACAGUCAGGACAAGAGACGAAAUUUUACCCUGGCAUUUCAAGCAGCAGAAAGCGUGGGCAUUAAAUCCACUCUGGACAUCAAUGAAAUGGUCCAUACAGAAAGACCAGACUGGCAGAGUGUAAUGACUUAUGUCACAGCUAUCUACAAGUAUUUUGAAACCUGAGCACAUGUAUCUAAAUUAAGUGUCACACCUCGACACAACAAAUUACAACUUACCCGAAUGCAACAUCUCACCACAUCGCCCAGGCCUAACCCUAGCACAACGCAUGUCACAUCAAGUCAAACAGAUCACAAAGAACAGCUCCUUUAGGAUACGUCAAUAUGACGUAGGAUACAUUGACAUACAGUAUCUUGGAAAUCCUCUACAGUGGGACUGCAGCAUCAGUAGUAUGCCUUGACAAUACUGUGUGCUGGGAGAUGAACACAACAGACUAUCUACUCACUGUUUCCUGGUGGGGAGCAUCCGACUUGUACUUCGGAGUGGAGCCUGUGGAUAUGAAAUCAGUUCAGUCUUAAAGAAGGGUGACGACCUGCUUGCAACCCGUGCCUUUUGCCAUCCUGAGUACUUGCUUCCAGUGCGGUGACAUGUUUAGAUCGAGUUAUUCACCUUAAUUCACAUCAGCAAAAAUAGAACUUGUUUGAAAAGAGCGAGAUGUGUUCAAUGCAGUGCCUAACUAAAAAACUUUGUUGGAGUUGCAGAAUUGUACACUAAUAUGAAAUAUUAAUUCACUAUAGCACACAGUCAGUAGUCUACCUUUUAUAGAGGAUUGUUUGAAAAGCUUAUUGGGGACACCUUUAUUUAUGACUGUGACGGAUCUUGGCUUGAAAUACUAUAUAUUAAAAAGGGAUGUCAGCAAUAAGCUUAUGUAACUUGAGCGAAUUAAUACGGUAUUAGUGCUGCUCACCAUUAAAUGGUAAGAUACUGUAGUUAACACUAUAUUCAGAUAUGCAGUCCAUGUGCAUGUUCUGUCCAGUUUAUGCACAGAAUUUAGCUCUAUAAACCAUUGCCUGAAAUAGUAUACCAAAAAUGAAAGCUUACAAGAUCCCUUUUUGUUUGUGACUCAGUUAAGCUACACUUCCUUCUGUACUUAAACUAAUCAAAUUGUUUGUUCUUUCUCAGGAUAAGAAAAAUGUAUCAAUAUUUAUCAAGAUGAAUAAUUGUGAUUCAUAGUGUAGUGCAUAGGAUCCUAUGUGCAGUGAUAUGGAUUUUUCAGAGCUCUACCAAGACCCUUCACAUUUUCACACUUUGCAAAGCACAAAAUUCUUUGAGUGACACAUUCAAAUGCACUAAUUUAAGCUUUUAAUGAAACUACAUUCCAGACCAUUAGUAUGUAUGAUCUGAAAUUAUAUAUGGAGAUUGGUUCUUGCUACAGUCCAGCAGUGCUGAAUUCAUGCAUCACUCUCUUGAAAGCCUUUACAGACAUUUCCCAACCGUUUUAUUUUAAGAGCGCACACUACUCCAACCACCUGUCUGCAAAUAACAUUAAAAUUAAUUCAAAAUCAAUUCUGAACGUAUACAACAAGAAAGUAAAAAUAAAUAUAUAAACUUGUUGAAUAAUCUUACAUUUGAAAUUUGUCUUUUAAAUGUGCUGAAUAUGUGUCCCUUCCUUCCCUUAAAGGGAUAGUUCACCCAAAAUGAAAACUCUCUCAUCAUUUCUCACCCUCAUGCAUCCUAGAUGUGUAUUAAUUUUUUCUUUUCUUGAACACAAAUUAAGAUUUUUAGGAGAAUAUUUCAGCUCUGUAGGUUCUUCAAUGCAAGUGAAUAAUGGCCAGAAUAUUGAAAUUCCAAAAAGCAAAUAAAGGCAGCAUAAAAGUAAUCCAUAUGACUCCAGUGGUUAAUCCAUGUCUUUAGAAGCGAUAUGAUAGGUGUGUCAUAAACUGAUCAAUAUUUAAGUCUUUUUUUUAACUAAGAUAUUCUUCUAAAAAUCUUUGUUUGUAUUCUGCAGAAGAUAUGAAGUCAUACACAUCUGGGAUGACAUGCGGGUGAGUAAAUUGAGAGUAUUUUUAUUUUUGGGUGAACUAUCCCUUUAAUGCUUUGAUUGUUUUAACAGAAUAUAAUUUUUUUUCCAUUCCUCAGGAUGGACUUGAAUUCCAUUGUAUGUAACUAAGCAGCCAUUUUUAGCUGUAGAGAGACAGACAAAGUGACAGUUUCCCGGAAAGUGUUUAAGAUUUAUUUCAAACUGAAUUACACUGUUUUUAGUCACGUCCUGGCUUUGAAUUUUUUGGAAAAACUGUCUUGAAAAUGUUCAGGGCUCGUUGGGUUUGACCAUACCUUAGGUGUCCAGCAUUACACUUCUUCAUUGGACAGACAUCAUGUGUUCAUUAAGUGGCAAUGACAGAUAUUUUCUUUGUAUUUGUCCCAAAUGUUCUGUACAUUAUGAAUCUCAUAUUAAAAUCAGUCUUGUUUAAAAAAAAUACAAAUGUUGAGUUAAUGUGCUUUGUCCAGAUUUCAUCACAUUAAUAUGAAUGUAAUGCAGCAGAAGUCUUCUUCCUGUCUAUUGCCUAUUAAAUUAUA